CUUAACUGAUAAUGUUGGGCUAUUGAACUGAUUAAACAGCUCGUUAAUGAAAAACUCAUUUUGGGACUGAAUCAUCUGCAAUUGUUUCUCUCUGCGCACUUUCUAUACAAACUACGAAGGCAACAAGUUAAAUUGCUUUCAGCCAAACAUGAAUCGUUUUUCAUGCAGAAUAAUUUAAGCGUCGACUCCCGUUGAUUUUUUUAACAUUUACAACACCAGCCACGCUUUAAUUAGUAAAGCUAGAAUUGUUAAUGGCAUAGGUAGCGCUAAGGUUGGCUGAAACAUUAUCAUGUCUACAAAUAAUGCACGCUGUGUUUUAUUCUUAUUUUACUUGCAUAAUUGUUACUUUUUAAUUCCGAAGACAAGACGUUAAAGCAAUGUUUCCCACAAAGUAAACAAGGCAACGUUCAUUAUAUCUGUCAACAUUUGGUUGAGGGAAACUCCCUGCUUUUACUGUGGUGGCAUUAUUGACGAUCGAAACUGUAAGAAACCAUAUGCCACACACUUUUAAUUUUUAAAUAGGACUCUUUCUGUCACACUAAAUUGUAUAUUAUAUUUACAGUGAGACUAAUUUCAAUGGACAAAUUCUGAAUUUUUCAGCUGCAACAUUAAGGGAAAAAUUACUAUUUGUCAAGCUUUAUAACCAGAUUCUUCCCAAAAACUAGGCUGGAAUUUCCACAUAUAAAACAGUUUCAAGGAAGAUGGCAAAUGAAUCGGUGGCUCUUUCGGGGAGUAAUGGCAAUAAUUCUCGUCCUGAAACCAUCGUCAUCAUAAACUGUGUUCUGAAUGUUCCAUUGUUGAUCACAGCCCUCAUUGGCAACACUUUGAUGCUAGCCGCCAUCUUGAGAACUCCUUCGCUUCGUUCACCGUCCACCAUUUUGCUGUGCAGUUUGGCUGUCUCUGACCUUCUUGUUGGUUCUGUAGUUCAUCCGCUUUAUAUCUCUCAUGAAAUUACUAAAAACGCUUCCUUACACCCAGUACUAUUGACAACAGCCUUUGCCGCUUGUGGUGUUUCACUCUUAACAAUGACAACCAUAAGCGUGGAUAGGUUCUUGGCUCUUCAAUAUCACAUGCGAUAUCCGAAUUUAAUGACUACACAUCGCGUAAUGUAUGCAUCAGCCACUAUUUGGUUCAUUAGCUUCGUGUCUUCAUUGUCAUAUUUUUGGAGCAGGAAUGCUUACUAUUCUUCCAUAGUUGCUAACAUAGUUAUUUGCCUUUUAAUUUCUACUGCAUGUUACAUCCGAAUCUUUCGUACUGUUCGCCUGCAUCAGUUACAAAUUCACGUCCAACAACAAGCUGUGGAAAGGUUAAACAGUGCUGAGAGUAAUCAAAACAUGCAGCACUCCAAAAAGAGUGCUAUCAACACGUUUAUCUUCUACAUCGUGACAAUUAUGUGUUAUACACCAAUGUUUAUUCAAAUGUCAAUUUUAGCAAUUUAUCCUCAAUUCUGGACAAACGCUUGGAAUUUUACUGAUACUUUAGCAUUUAUGAACUCGUCCAUCAAUCCAGUUUUAUUUUGCUGGCGUCUUCGCGAGCUUCGAGCAGCAGUUAUCAAGACAGCAAGGCAUAUGUUUUGUAAACAAACCGAGGAAAAUUAGGUUUCGCAGGGUGGGAGAACAAAUAAGUGGAAUAAAUAAAGCAUAAACAUCAAUCUUAUAACUAGCUAUUGUAAAGGAAACAAUCUCUUAAAUUAGGCACAUUAAUAAUGUAUCAAGGCACCUUAGCACUGUUCUUCUUGGUCUAAAAGAAAGAAUUAAGAAUUCAUACAAUCUUUACAUCCAUAAUGCAUUCACCCAUCUCUGGCCUAAUGAUGUGUCGCUGUAUUAAAGUCAGAGCUUUGAGUGUACACUACACCGUACACAUCU